UUUAACAGGCCUACGGUCUGACCUCAGGCUUUCUCAGUGUUUAAAAAAACAACAACCAUGUAACAGCUGUAACUGCUUUUUGUUCCUCGCCUGUCUGUAGAAGUUGAUGAGCGCCUUUGAGGAGGAGGGAAAGAAGACAAACCGUCCUCGUCUGUUGCUGACCGCUGCUGUCUCUGCUCGAAAGGAGACGAUUGACUCUGCGUACCAGGUUGCCCAGAUUGGAGCUGUGCUGGACUACAUCCAUGUUAUGACCUAUGACUUCCAUGGCUCGUGGGAACAUAAUGUUGGAGAGAACAGCCCUCUCUAUAAGGGCCCUAGUGACCAGGGAUCCAUGAUCUACUACAACGACUAUGCUAUGAAUUACUGGAAGAACAAUGGUGUCCCAGCUGAGAAGCUGCUUGUUGGUUUCCCCACUUGUGGCCACACUUUCCACCUGACUUCCUCUAACACAACUGUGGGAGCUCCUGCCAGGGGACCUGGACCUGCUGGACAUUUCACUCGUCAGACUGGAUUCUUGGCCUACUACGAGAUCUGCACCUUCCUGAAGGAAGGAGCCACACAGGCUUGGGACAACGCCCAGAACGUGCCCUAUGCCUACAACCAGGGAGUCUGCGUUGGAUAUGACAAUAUUAAGAGCUUCCAGGCAAAGACUGAGUGGUUGAAGCAGAACCGUUUUGGUGGCGCUGUGGUGUGGACUUUGGCUUUGGACAACUUCACCGGCAUGUUUUGCGGCCAGGGGCGAAACCCACUCAUCAACACUCUAAAAAGUGGAUUAGGAACUGGAACUUCCUGCAAAGCUCAGCCUAACCCCCCACCUGCAGUCACACCAAGCCAGCAGCCCAGUGGAGGCAGCACAGGAUCUGGCUUCUGUACUGGCAAGCUGAACGGACUCUUCCCUGACCCGACCGACAAGAAGAAAUUCUACAAGUGCAACCAAGGACAAACCGACAUCCAGUAGUGCACUGCCGGCCAGGUGUUUGAUGACAGCUGCAAAUGCUGCACCCGCUCUCAGUGAAAUGAAUGAAUCUAUGUGCUGGGUAAACAAUCCACUAGCCCACCAACACAAAGAAUGGCUCUG